AUGCUACUCCUUCUCCUUCAGUACUCUUGGUGGUUGCAAAAUCAAGGAGUUAACGGUGGACUAAAAGGAGAAGACAUAAAUUGGACUGAUAGUUACAGCACAAUUCAAGGAAAAAACACAACAAUUGUGGUUAUGUCCGAUGGAGCCAGAUUAACACAUUCAUCAUAUAGUAAUCGAACAGAUCAAAGCGAAUUUUAUGAUAUAUUUGAAGGAUUGCCAUAUCAAGAAAAUUCAGAUUGCACAAACAAUAAUAUUGGAACGGCAUCAUUACAAUUAGCCGCAGGAAAUGUUGUUAAUGAUACAAAUCCUAUUACGCAAGGUAUUGCUAAAAAAGCUACGGUAUUUUCAUAUUUAUUCCAAACAAAUGGCUCUCUUGAAGAAUCUUUUCUAAACGUAGGUUGUAAAGGAAGUAACAAAUGGGAUGUUGCUAUAGUUCAGUAUCUAAUGACUAACUGUGUCGAUAGAUUUUGUCGUUACAUUCAACCGGAUGUAUUUUCAAGGCAUGUUUUAGAUGAAUGCCUAUAUAACCCUCCUGCUGAUAAUUGGGCUCAUCCAAUUGUUGUCCCAGCGGGAGCAGGUCAUGCAACUGAUCCCCUCUUUUCGCCACCAGCAAGCUGGCCGAUGAUUUUCACUAUCGCAGGAGUCAAUCACAGGGGUCAACCUUUAUGGCACGGCGCUGAAGGUGCAGGAGUAUUCAUGUGCUGUCCAGCAUCAGCCGAGGCAGCAAUACCUGCGGCUGGUUCAUGUAGUGAUACUGAAUACAUUUCAAAUUUUUCUUCAACAAAUGCAAGUGCUGCAAUAUUUGCAGGUGGUUUAUCAGUGCUGUUAUCUGAGGUUCCGACAUUAAAACUUGCAGAUCUCUUCUUCAUUACUGCAAUGACUGCAGAUAAGAACCGACCAGAUGGUUUGAUAUGGAGAAAGAAUGGAUUUGGUUUAAACUAUAAUAAAAGAUCAGGAUUCGGACGCUUGAAUUUAGGAAGAGCCUUAGAUUUGGCGAAAAGAUGGGAAUCUGUAGGAGAUUUCUAUCUAUGGAAGAAAACUGUACAUUACAAUACUCUUUUGGAUGAAGGUAUAUAUAACAUUACAUUUGAUAUGGAUGAUUUGGAAGGUGCAGCAACUCUAUCUGUUUUCAUUGAAAUAACUGCUCUUAAAUUAUCUUUUGGAUCGCUCAACCCUCAUUUAGUUAGUCCAAGUGGAACAAGAUGCGAAAUCAAAAUACUUACUAAAGGCGAUAAAAAAUUAAAUAUUGAAAUUAUGGAAUUCAAUACAAAUAAUUUUGUUGCCGAAAAUCCAAAAGGAACAUGGACAUUGUAUUUUAUGGAGUCUGAUCAUGCGGCUCGAGGUUUAAUCAAAGAUGUCACUUUGAAUAUAUUUUAUACAAAAAAGGCUCCUAAGGCAUCAGAUAUUUGGCAGAGAGAGAAUUGUGCUAAUUCAUCGAAGCUUCAAAAAUCAAAGAUAAGAUUCUUAGCGCAACCACCGGUUCCAUUCGAAGCAGGUAAAAAGUUUUCAAUAGACGUCCAAGUUCCUGACGAACAGAAAAAUAUCUACUAUAUGAUAUACCUUGAAUCAGAAGACCCGAACAAAAGAGUUAUCUUCGAUACAUCACGAUUCAAUGAAAAUUACACCAAAAUCGAAGCCGAUUUCAUACCAACAGUGUAUGCAAAUGGACUGAAGAUGAACUUGCUUGUUGAAUCAUUGAAUUUUGAAAAGGGAUUUACGGGUAGAAUUGAACUGAAUUAUUCUAAUCCAUAUUCGCCUGGAAUUAUUACGCCAAAGAAUGGAACAUGGAUCACUACUAA